UGUCGUUACUACUGUGGCAAUGAUAACCAGCCUUGGCUUACAACAUGUCGUCAAGCAACAGCCAGAGCCCGCCUGACCAUAUCCCGAGAUAUGGGGGCAGGGCGGAAUCAUUUAAACGACAAAACACCGCCGAUUCAACGCGCAGCACUAGGAAGCGUCAACGCACAGAAUCAUUCCUAGUCCGGGCGAGAAGAGAACAAGAAUCAGCAAGACCUCGGGGGCACCAAGAGAAAUACCCCGUAUACGCUGGCUUGAGCUGGGAGGCUCUUCAAGGCUACUUAUUGAAAAGGUGGCCUAAUGAAACAUUCAAAGAGGAAAGAAGAGACGACAAUUGGGUUUUCCAGACUCCAGAGCCUUUAACUGAGAAGGAUAAAGCCGAAAUAAACAAACUUAGAGACAGCAUUUCACAAGGUCGGCGGGACUCAGUAUCCCCAGAGCCUUAAACAGGCUGGCAGGUCACCAUACGAUCUCUUAAGCGCCCACUGUAUUGCCCCUUGGCGGCGGGGUUAUGAUUUGGCAAAAGUAUGGGUGGGGGAGUAUUGUGGCGGCUUACUGGUUUAUGUAUUUUCGGCGCUAUAGCUGCAGGCUGGGUUCGUUUUGAUACCCCCGAUCUAGCAGGGUUUCUACAGUUGUAUCUACUGUGUGAUAAUUAUACUGAUCAAAGUGGAAAAUCUCCUGCCCUACCUAGGUAGUGUUUUCGGUGAAUAAGUCGUAUCUUACCCACAAUAUGCCCUCGUAUC